GACGAUGGCUCGGAUGUGGAAUCGGAGCCUGACCUGCCACUGAAGAGAAAGCAGCGGCGCAGUCGGACCACCUUCACUGCCGAGCAGCUGGAGGAGCUGGAGAGGGCCUUCGAGAGAACACACUACCCCGACAUCUACACCAGGGAAGAGCUCGCUCAGAGGGCCAAACUCACCGAAGCCCGGGUGCAGUGUCGGAGCCUCUCAGCACAGUGCACCGUCCCCAGCCCCUGCCUCCUUCCGCAGGCCACCAGGCCUCCGGUGGUGGUGGGCAGGGAGAGGGGGGCUCACCGUACUGCCUCUCCUCUGGACGCCACACCUUCUCAGGCUACUCUGACACCUUUGUGAGUCCCGGAGGACCGACCAAUCCCAUGAACCCUGCUGUAGGAAAUGGGCUUUCUCCACAGGUGAUGGGUCUGCUGAACCCCGGCGGCGUGCCACACCAGCCCCAAAGCGACUACGCCAUCUCCCCUCUGACAGGUGGCCUGGAGCCCCAUGCCGGCAUGACGGCCAGCUGCAGUCAGCGCAUGGACCACAUCAAAGGCCUGGAGGGUCUCACCAGUGUCCCUUCCAUUUCGGCCCUGCCCUCUCUGCCCAGCUCCCAGUCCUACUGCACCCCGUCGUACAGCUCGCCGGGCUACACGGUCGACCAUGUUGCCUCCUACCAGUACGGCCAGUACGGACAAAGUGCCCUUCCUUAUUUGAGGCCAGAGAUCACCUGAUAAGAUGGACAUUUGUGUGUGUACAGCGACAGAAAAGCCUUAAUAUUUGGACCAAAAUUGCCUACCAUUUAUCAGGACAUGUUCUCUGCAGCAGAAUAUAAUCUUAGUAAUUAUAACGGAGUAUUGGACCAAAAUACACAUAAAGAAGGGAUCAAACAAAAAAGAGCAAGAACUUUUGACUGAUUGUGAACUUUAUUUUGAUGAAGAGCAGCGCUAUACAGGUCGGCUCAGUGGGGUUUUGAGCAUCUACUGUGCCACAAAGAGAGGCACUUUCCACGGACAAUUUCUCACAGAACAUUGACUUCUGUGGUGUCUUUGAAAGGACAGCAAACCCAAAAUCUAUAUCCAAGGUCACGUUUGAAAACUCUUACAUACUGUAUCUUAGCGUCGCAUGUAAAACCCCAUAUAUCUUGAAACUAUUCCCUCUGAUUGCAGAUGGGAAAGAAAAGGGCUUUGUCAUGUUCUAUUACCUUCAUUUAUGUGAGCUCUCCACACCCCACACAUGCAGAGGAACUCCAGAGGAAAGAAAACAAACAUAGGCUAACAAACCUGUGGCCUUUUACUGUAUCGGACACACUAAUGUACUCUCCAGCUGUACAGCAGGGGGAGUUUAUUCAAACGUUUCUCCCUCCUCUGUCCACUAGUCCUCGUCUCUACUCUCCGUCCCCCUUGUCUCAUUGAUGUUUUCAGAUGGUAAGCUGAAGAUCCCAGCCUUUUGUAGUUAUUUUAGCCAGGAGGUCAAAGGGCGACUUCAGGGAAAGUGACAGAUGAGAGAGCAGGAGUGGAGGGUGGCAGACAAGUGGCUUUAAAGAAGGGAGAGGGGUGGCAGGAUAAGCAAGAUCGAUCACAGUGUCAAAGAAAACCUUUAAAGAUCCCCUUUCAGCGAGAAAAUGCCAGUGGGUCACAAGUCACGACCAAGAGACACUCAAGAAACAGAAAGAGUUUAGGACUUAACGCAGCAACUCGGCCAGCUGACCACAAGUGCAAUAUCACAUAUCUUCAAGUCAACCUCACCUUUAAAACUGUUGGACAAGAAAAAUAAACUCUACAUUCCUCUUUAAGUCUUGAAAAUGCUUUUGAUUCACUGAUUCAGGUUUUGUACAAAAGGGGUCUGCAACCUUUACAAUGUAAACAACCAUUUCUACCCCUUUCCACACCAAAUAAAGUUGUCCGGAGCCACAAAACCUUCUUGAAGACUGAAAUAAAGAUAAAAAAUCAGAACAAUGCAACUCAUUAUCAGGUUUUACAAGAAUAAUACAACAUGCGCUUGUGUUCCUAAAUGGGUCAGUCUGCUAUGGAGAGUGGAUAAAGACCCUCUAAAUCAGGUCUACUGAAGCUGGCUUUUGGAAUGUAGAAUCUCACCUCUUUGGGAGGGAAGGAGUCUGAGUUUAUGAGCUUGAGAGGUACGUUGGGCUCCUCUCAACACAAAGCAUGGACUCUGGAACCUAUUGGUUAUUUUUAAUUAACUUUUAUUUAACCAGACAAAUCCUAUUGAGCUCAUAGAUCUCUUUUGUAAGGGAGGCUGCACUGAAGACAACCUAUUGUGCAGGUUUGUGGGAGGAAACUGGAAUACCCUGAGAUACCCAUGCAAGCACAAGGAGAACAUCAAACUGCACAGAAAGACCCCAAGUCCAAACCAGGGAGAUCCUGAGUUCGAUCUGAAAUGGGGACUCCACCAUUCUGCUGGGUACUUUACCCACAUGGAUAGUGACAGUAAAACGUGGAGAGAUCUGAUUGGGAGAAAAGGCUUCUCUGAUCUGAACUCAGGUGGUGUGCUGUUAUUGGACUUCAGUGCUUGUCAUGAUUUGUCCAUAACCAAGCAUAUAUAAACUGUAUAAAACUCAUUGUGUCUAUAGCCUAUGUGACGAAGUCUUGAAGUUUCCUUUGUUAUUAGACAUGUUUCGAUGUUCUACUUCAGUCUUCGUCAGAGGUGUCAUAGCUGCCCUUCUGGCUCUGGGAACAACAGAUGUCACAUCUCUGACGAAGAUGGAAGUAGAACGUCAGAACAUAUCAGGUAUGUCUGAAGAGACAAAGUAAACGAGUGUCUAACAACAAAGGAAACCUCAAGACUUUAACAUACACCAUGUUCAACAUAAGAAUGUCCAUAAGUGCACAUGGCACCUGGACACUCUGGGGCACAGACAGAUGAUAGACUGUAGUCUUGUCAUCUGAUCUGCAGCCGUAUGAGCUGUCAACUGAUCACCACCUGGUGGUGAGUUGGAUCAGAUGGCAGGGGAAAGAUGCUGCACAAACCCAGUAGACCCAAAUGUGUAGUGAGACUCAGAGCUGCUCAGGAUUCCUCUUGGCAGCUUGCUGUAAAUAUGUAAAAAAAGUUACAUUUUCCAGUGGAUUUCAGAGAAAAAAAAACACAACUUCUCACUCGGACUUCAAUUCAUGAAAAUUCAUGUAAACUAGCCACCAAACUAUUAGAACAAACUGACUGAUGUUCCUCGUCUUAAUAGAAUCAUUCAGUUACAUAAAUUUCAUUCACAUAUUGCUGAAAACUAGACAAGAGAACAGAUACAAUUAGCCUUUUCUUUUCUUAUUUUUUUCUCUUCUCCAAUCUCCAAGUUAUUCUCAGUCGAAGCAACAAAGAGCCAAUGCGGAGGAACCAAAGAGUUGCAUGCGGCCCCAGAGCCACUGGUUGCAGACCCCUGGACUGUAGUAAUAAACAACAUGUGACUUUGAAAGUUAUUUAGUUCAAAACAAACAACAAGUUCUUUGUAACGACUGGACCAUAUUUGUAAGGAAAUGAGAUCAACCAAAUUUGGAAAAUGUCAGAAAUACAGCGAACAUAUAAGUAAUGCCAAAGCCAAAACUGAACAUUUCACAACUUUGUGUUGAUUGGGACCUUUGUGAUUUAAUUCCAACUUGCAAGAGCAGAAAAAAACCCGAGAUUUAUGAAAAUAUAAUCAUGAAGUGAGCUGUGUGUGAGCUGUGCUAUCCAGCUAAGUGACAACAAAGCCACUUCACCCACCAAUCGCCGAACAUUUGGAGGCUCUCCUCUUUACUGAAGCAGUCCUUUCAUUCCAUUGACUUUUUUCUUUGUAUUAUUUGACACAGCACUGUGACAUCAGGUCAUGUGUACAAGCUCAUUAUCAUUGCUAUUUAUAUAAAAAUAAAAAAACCUCUGAAAAAUA